UUGUUUCCAUGGAGCUUUAGGAAGCUAACGAGGUGAACUCGCGGAUUAGCCAUGGAUAUCUUUGUUUUCUCUUUUCUGUGGGGUAAAAAACAUCUCUCAUGAUGUCAGAGCAGUCGCAGACUCUGUUUUUAUUCGAGUUUUUGGUGGAAUUUAUCCGACUUGACAAAAGCUGUAAAGUUUCGUCCGCAUUGUCUCUUGGACUGCGACUCCUGGAUUUCCCAACGGUGUGUAUUAAUCAGCAUCAGGGCGGUGUUGGCACGAGCCUCUCCGAGCAGAAAUAUGAAGAUAACGUGGUUCAAUUCAACUUUAACAGAGGGAAGUCUUGUUUCUUCAAAACGAACUUGGACUCAUUGAACAUCCAACUAUCUGUCACACCUCUGCAUGCCAUGGUUCUGGAUAUGAUGGAGGACCACCCCAGAUUAGUCGGAUCCUCGCUGAUAUCUCUGGUUAAAGCGAUGAAUAAAAUCAUGAAGGAUGUGACCAAAAGUGGCAUUUCUACUCCCUCCUCUCACGAGGAAAGUGGGCUUGCAGCAAUAUGCAACCUCGUAGGGGAGAGAAUUGGAACAAUCUCCUUGAGUUAUAAACUUGUGUGUCUGGGAGCAAGUUUACUGCCACGCGUCACAGAGAGAAGGGGAUAUAAAAGCAUGCCAGGAGGUCAACAACAGGAACACAACAAAGAGAAGUCUUCACCUUCUGAGCUCGACAUCCAAACCAGUGGACGGGCAGACGCAAGAAUCUUGUUAGAUGAGGAUAAGCUGGAUGAUGGUGCUGUGUGUGACACAGUAAAAAAUCAAUUUGAGAAUGAUUUUCAAGAGGAUUUAACUAUAUUCUGUCCCCCUCAUCUCUACUACAGCAAUGCUUCGCCAGAGACGAGCAACGACAAACAAGAAUACAAAUUGCCAGAUCUAAAUCCUGAAGAUUUUCUGUUUGAAGAUUUUUGCUCUGAGGAAGAAGUGGAUAAAAAUAAAGAUGCAGGACCAAGCUGCAAAAGGGAACAUGAGAAAGUGGCAUGUGCUCAAAAAACAUCAAAUAGUCCAGAGACCAGCGGCGUGACCCCAAACAUCUUUAGGGAUGCCUUGAAACACCUACCCCUGUUAAACGCUCUUGUUACUGAACUGGUACAGCUGGCUGGUGAAACUCAUCACCAGUCUGUGACUGUUAAUCCCAGUCAGGCUCAGAUUUACAAGCCAGCUUCCAGUGAGCCAUCAGGACAUGAAAACACACAUCCGUCUGCACAGUCUCUCCGCAAAACAAGACAGCACACUGGGACCCGUUUAAAACAUUUACAGCCCCCCAGAAACUGCUCCACACCCAUCGUGAAAGGCAACCAACAAGAAGAGACUUUAACUGGGAAGAAUGGCUCCAGCAAAUCACACAGGAAGACGCUUGUAUACGGAACAACUAAAACAUAUCAUCUAAGGCUGAAGCAAGUAUCUCUUGUUAAAGCUAAACCUUGUGAAUGUGUGGCGUUGUCUCAGAGGGAGACGCAGGCGAGGGCAGCCAAAGUGAAGACAAAGUCCAGCAGUAAAACUGUAAAGUCCAGCCGAAGAAAGACGGUGUUAAACAAGAGGCCCGGCUCUGAUGAGGAUAUCGAGACAGCAGUGCAACAUCUCACAGAGGACGCUGCAUUACAAUCAACAGUCACGCUCAAACUAAAGGACAAUGAACAGGAUGGAAAAGUAUUUCUCCCUCACAAAGAUCUGAAAUUAAUUCAUAUUCCCAGCGUGGAGACUGAGAGCAUUUCUCAGAGCAAAAACAAGCAUCACAGAGAAUCAGAUCAGUCAGAUUCUCAAUCUGACAAGGACAAAUUCAAACGCCCGGUCCCUACUUCCACAGAGAAACCAAGAAGCCAACACGGCAGCCCAGAGUCUUCGUUUUCAGAGUCCAGUGUUGGUAAAAAUGAAAAUGCAGACUAUGCAGAUGACUUUGACAGUCUGGAUUCGAGUGAUGCUUCUCCUAAACCUGCGAGUAGCCCUGAGUCCACCAGGACCAAGACUCCAAAGUCUCCUGUUUCACCUGACCUCUUCAACUCUGGAUCGCGAUCUAAAAGUAUCCAGCACCGACCAGUCGUCCUCCCGGUGCCCGUCAAAGCCCUCGGGUCGCCGCAGAGGUCUCUGAUGCGUACACACACCCUCAAACCUCACACACACUCCUCUGCCUUCUCCUACGAUGAUGACGAUGAAAGGGACAAGCCGGCUUCUUUACAAACGGUCUGUUCCAGAAAACAAACGACUGCUGGAGACAACGUGGAGCAGAGCUCCUUUACUGAGAUAUUUUCUUCAUCAAGAUGUGAAAGGAUUGCGUCUCCUGGGAAUCACUGCAGCGUUCAGGGAUUUUCUGUUGAAUCCGUAUCCUCUUUUGAAGCUCAAGAUGCAGAAGAACUGGAAGAUGAGCUUGGAUCUUUGGAUUUCAGAAAGGAAUAUCAGCAUAUUUCUGAGCUUGUUGCAACCAAACUCCCUGGGUACACGAUGUAAAGAAACCUGUUUCAUUUCAUUCAAAUGUCACAGACUAGUUGAAUUUAAAUAAAAUAAGCUUUUUGUCGAA